AUGCCUGUCGAUCGCAGGCGUAACAAGUCCAGCUCCCCUUCUAAAGCCCGCACCUCCAAUCAAUCCUCCGCAACCACUUCGGCCGGCGCACACUCUUCCUUGAACACCGUCUCUGCGUCAUCUGCGACUCUCGACAACGUCAUCGGCGCUUCUACCGCUGUCGCCACCUCUUGCAGUGCACCAGCAGACGUCGACACAGGCCUCCGCAGAAGUCGAAGGCUUUCGGCCGCUACACCCCACACCGACGACAUCUUCGACGCUCGCAGCCAAUCGCCCUUCUCCACCUCUUCUAGCAGCCUACUCUCGGCGCCCGUGACACCUGCAACGGCCGUUUCCUCCCUGUCCUCCCGCCCCUCUUCUGCUCGUCGCAAGUCACUCGUCUCUUCGCCCGGUUCUUCCCUGGCCUCCCCCUCUACCACCUUGGCGCCCCUUCAAGCCACCCCCUCACGGGCUGGUGCAGGCGUAUCGUCCGCUUCAUCGUCCAACAACCUCGCCGCGAGCUCCGCUUCCACAUCGUCCUCGGGACGCAAGGGCAAAGGCAAGGCCAAAGCGAUUUCGGAUACACCUGUCACCGACCUCGCCACUUCGACUUCCUCGACUUCGACCUCUGCAAAGGGAGAGCGCAAAGCUUCCUCCAGCAACGCUCAAAAGACAUCCGAAAAGCCCUCCGCUUCUCGCUCCACGCCCUCGCCCGCAUCGGCAGAUAAGCCAAGCAGCAAGCGUCAGAAGCCCAACCCCAAGGCAUCUGGAUCCGGCGACUCCUCGUCUCGUACCCCUUCGACCUCGCCCUACUCGCUUCGCUCUCGCGGCAAGACUAGCACCGCCGAAGCUUCUUCGUCUUCCACUUCCGCCAUGACUGGCCUCGAUUCGAACAACGCCGAAGCUCGAGGCUCGGCGCGCACCUCGGCAGCCAAAGCCAAGGCAUCUGCCAAGUCCAGACGUGCCUCUACGAGUGGAUCCACCCGCUCGACGCGUAGCACCCACCAGCUCGGGUGCUCCGACGAGGCUGGCGACGACGAGGAUGUGCACAUGUCGGACGCUUCAAAGCAGCAGCCUGUCGGCAUCGUUGAAGAGCCCAUGGACAAUGAUCCGCACGACGCGGAAGAAGGUCUCCACAUCGAUGACGAGCAUUUCGAGGAUCUGGACCAAGACGAGGACGACCUGGAUGAGGACGAUGAGGAUGAAGAGGACCGCGACGAUGACGAGGACGGCGAAGAUCGCCCGUCAGGUGCCGCCGACGAGCUCAGUGCCUUUGGAGACAACGAUGACGAUGACAUCGUCGAGGAUGAUGGCGACCACGGCGGCGCUGGUGCCUUCGGCCUCAACCUUCGAGCGAUGGCUGGAUACAUGUCGGGGCUUUCCACGCGAUUCCGCAGCCUACUCACCUCUCUGCGGAACGAGACGGACUCCACCGCUCAGAUGGUCGCCCUGCAAGAGCUGUCUGAGCUGCUUAGUGUCAGCACCGAGGACACACUGGCAGGCUACUUCCCUACCAAUUCGUACGUCAAGGAGCUCGUCUACAUCCUCGGCGGUCCCAAGCCGGAGCGAAACGAUGUUGGUGGCAAGUCCGCUAAGAUCGAGUCGGUCGACGACGGUCUCGACGAUGAGAUGAAGGCGGUGCUGGCUGCUGCUGCCGCUGCCGAUAUGGAAGAGGACAGCGGCGAAAAGAUGUUGCUUGCCUGCCGCUGCCUCGCCAACCUCAUCGAGGCCAUGCCCUACGCAGCCCACAGCGUCGUCGCCAACGGCGCCAUUCCCAUCCUCAACGCCAAGCUCAUGGAGAUCACAUUCAUCGACCUGGCGGAACAGGUGCUACAGACGCUCGAGAAGAUCUCGCAGGACUACCCCAGCUCCAUCGUCAAGGAAGGCGGUCUCUCGGCCAUUCUUCAAUACCUCGACUUUUUCAACAUCCACAUCCAGCGCACAGCCAUGACCGCUGCAGCCAACUGCUGCCGCAAGCUCACGCCCGAGUACCUCGGCAUGGUCCGCGACGUGAUGCCCAUCAUCCAAAACGUGCUCACCUACAGCGACCAGCGCCUGGUCGAGUCGGCAUGCAAGUGCGUCGUGCGUAUCGUCGAGAGCUACAGGACCUACCCGGAACUGUUGGAGCAGCUGCUCACAGGCGAGUUGCUCUCGGCGCUCAACAAUCUGCUUCUGCCUGCGUCGUCCUCGCCAAGCUCCAAUACCACGCUCGGUGCAAGCGUCUACACGGAUGUGCUCAAGGCGCUCGGCACGGCCUGUCGAAGCAGUCCGCGUCUUGCAGUUGUGCUGCUCGAGAACAACAUCGUCGAGACGCUCUACCACCUGCUCACCGGCUCUCCCGCGCCAACAGGCUCAGCUGGCGCCCCUGCCACACAUGGCGUCAAGCUCGAGUCAGAGCAGGCCUCGGGACCUGAAAGCGCUGCCGAGACUGCUGCCGUGGCCGUCGUCCCCGAGGCUAGCGCUGAGGGUUUUGGCUCGGCUGUUGCAGUCGCUGACAUGGCUGUGCUGCAGAAUCUGGCCCAGCGACCCAAAGAGCAGAUCCAGGAAGCUUUGUCGUUGGUCGGUGAGCUUCUCCCUCCUCUGCCGCGUGAUGGUGUCUUUGAUCCUCGUGGCUACAACGAGAAAGCAUACCUCAAGCGCACUGCGGCCCGGAAGUCAGCGCCUGCAGCGAGAGUUGGCGAAGAGCGGACGGCAUCCGACGCUUCUGCUCACACAUCGACCGCGUCGACUCGUCCGCCGAACUCGCGCUCCAGCUCGACCCGCAGCAAGACGGCAUCGCGACCCAAGACGGAGAAAGAGCUGUCGAGGGAGGCCGCUCAGUCCAAGCGGAUCGAGAUGUUGCAGAGCCGAACCGCCCUUGUCAAGCGCUUCACCUCGCUCGUGCUGCCCACCUUGGUCGAAGUCUACGCAGCCAGCGUCGCCCUUCACGUGCGUCACAAAGCGAUCAACGGCAUCCUCAAGAUCAUCAGCUUUGUCGAUCCCGAAUCGCUCGGCGAGACGCUCGAUAACGUCCCGCUCGCCAGCUUCCUGGCUGCCAUCCUCUCGUCUCGCGAUCAUCCGACUCUAGUCAACGGGGCGCUUCAGAUCGUCGAGCUUCUCACUGAAAAGCUGCCCUCGCUCUACACGGCGCUGCUUCGACGCGAGGGAGUCAUGUGGGAGAUCGAUGACAUUGCAUCGCAGACGCCGUCAGUGCGCCCCGCCUCCAACGGUGAAAGCACCUCGGGUGAAGGUGAGCGUGGUACCACCACCGCUCAGCCCUUGACUCUGCCCCGCGCUGCUAGCGGGACUAGCGCUUUGGCGAUCGAUGCAGCUGCGAACGCUGCCGGCAUGGGUCUUUCCUCCGGAUCAAGCCUGGCCCGUCUCAUCGCUGCAGCCUCCGCCUCAGGUCAGGGAUCCGGGCUGGUCGAUGCAUUGAACGCUCGUCACUCGUCGUCUACCUCGUCGACCUCUGCCUUCAAUGCGCAGGCCUCGGCCGAGGCGACGGAUGCCAGCAUCUGGCGAGCGCGCGUGUUGCGCGACAAAUUUUCGGCAGAGGCCAGCUCGUCUGAGGGUGCACAGAGCGCGGCUCAAGCGCUUGAGCACAUCAAGGACCUCGUCAAACGUCUUUCUGCUGCUUCCGCAGAUGGUAGAGAGGCAGACGCCCAAGAUGUGCUGCAGCAGGUGUCGUCGCUCUUCUCCCGCAGCGACGAGCCCAUUUCGAGCUUCGAACUGCUCCGCUCCGGCCUGGUCGAGUCUCUGUACUCCUUCGCCACUUCUAGCGACGGCGGCAUUCCCUUGGCGCAAAGGCGCUCGCUGCUGAUCUCGACUCUGAUGGACACCGACACCGAGACGAGCCAGAGCGGAGCCAAUGUUCUCGUCAGGAGGUUGCAAGAAGCGCUCAGCCGUCUGGAGAAUGUCGAGAUCACAACGGCGCUCAGUGGAAGCAGCGACGAGGUGCGAAAGAGUCCAAGUGCCAUGCUCGGACGUCAGCUGCGUCUGCGGCUGCAGGCAGAGGACUCGACCGAUAUUCCGCGCAGCUGCAACAACAUCAUUGUCACCAUCCACGCUGUCGCCACCUUCCAGUCUCUCAGCGAUUAUCUCCGACCCAAGAUCGCCGUGUCCUCGGGUGCUUCUGGUGCAAGCUCAGGAAGCGGCGCGGGCGCUGCUGGCUCGUCUGCUUCCUCGCGACUCUCCUCCGUGCUUGCCGCGUUUGCAGCAGCGACAAGCGGCUCUGGCGGCUUCCCGGAGCUCGGCGGCAGCAGCUCGGCCCUGAGCAGCCUUAGAGACGCCAAUGCUUCCAGUUCAUCGAAAGACCAGUCUGCGAAGGACGGAAGCAAGAGCGAAGAGACAGGCAGCCUGAGCAACGAUCUCGGCAAGGGCAAGCAGGACGCGGAUGGCAAAGCUGAGAGCAAGCAAGCAGGCCAGGCAUCCGAGUCCGCCUCCGCGGAAGCCAUUCGGGACGCAGAAGCUCGCGAGGAGGCUCGUGCGCUCGCUCGACACCUCUUUGGCGCUGGCGACGGCCCCUCCGCGGCAACCGACGGCGAAGGCAAUGGAACAGACGCCAACAACACCAACGGCGCGGACGACGAAGCGCUCGCGCGCUCGCUCAUGGAGGGUCUGCUCCAGGGCGCCGAGUUCGACGACGACGAGGGCUUCACUGAUGAAGAAGGCUUUGACGAGGAGAUCUUGCAAAGCGAGAUCCCUGCUGAUGGCGCCAACGGCGCAUCUGGCGGUCUCGGCGCCGCCGACGGCUCUGACGCUGCAGACAAGACGAUCAAUCUCGACGUCGAGAAGGAAGGAGGAAAGAUCGUGGCCAAGACGCCAGAGGGCACGCGCAUCGCAACGCCGAACAAUGGCUCUGGCACGCCGAAGCCGUCCGACAGCACUGCUGCUGGUGCCUCGGCCUCUGCCGCAUCGGGCUCGUCCUCAUCAGCGACAGCUAGCCCAGCCAAGCCGUCGUCGUACGCCUCCGCACUGCAGAAGAAGCCUUCGGACUGGCACCUUGAAUUCUCCAUCGGAUCCGAGAAGCUCGAUCUCGACACCACCAUCUAUGGCGCAGUGCAUCGCUUCGAGACCUCGCAGGCACGAGACCAGAGUCAGUCUAUCGUCUCGACGCUGCACGGCGGUAGCAAGCAUAUCUGGAGCAACGUAUACACCGUCCGAUACAAGAAGGUCUCCGGUGCCGACUCCAAGUCUGGAGCCGAAGCGACGCCAGAGCCCACUUCCGCCGAGAGCGCCGCCGUCGAGCUUCCCGCCUCAGUCAAGGAGGAUGCGCCUUACGCCAAGCUUCUCCAGCUGCUCGCUGUUCUUCACUCGCUCAACAUGGAAUGGAGAGAGGUCUCGCGAGCUGGCGCUGUCAGCACUGGUGUGGAGCAGACCACCCACGCCCCGUCCGCAUCGCUGGCUGAGUCCGCCUUUGUCAACAACAAGCUCACGGCCAAACUCAAUCGUCAGCUCGAGGAACCCAUGAUCGUCGCUUCUGCCUGCCUUCCCGCCUGGUCGACGGAUCUGCCGAAAUGCUUCCCCUUCUUGUUCCCCUUCGAGGCCCGCUUCGCCUUCCUGCAGUCGACGUCGUUUGGCUACGCACGCUUGCUCACUAGAUGGCAAGCGUUGCACAGUCGAAACCAGGAGCCUGGCAGCAGCAGCUCGUCGCGUUUGGAUGAUUCGUUCGGCUUCUUGGGUCGACUUCAACGACAGAAGGUGCGCAUCUCACGAGGCAACUUGCUCGCCUCUGCAUUCAAGGUUUUCGAGCUGUACGGCUCCAACUCAUCGGUGCUCGAGGUCGAGUACUUCGAAGAGGUAGGCACAGGUCUGGGUCCCACGCUCGAGUUCUACUCGCUCGUGUCGAAGGAGUUUGCUCGCCGGGAUCUCAAGCUGUGGCGCGACAGUCGCGCCGGUGGCUCGAGCGAGGAUGGCAGUCAGUACGUCUUCAGCCCGCUGGGCCUCUUUCCAGCUCCUCUGCUGGUGGCUGGCAGCGAACUUGAGCAAGGCGCGACCGCAUCGACUUCAGAGAGUGGCGAGGCUUCCGGGUCCAUUCAGAAGCGCUUGCAGGCCUUCCGCAUCCUGGGCCAGUUUGUAGCCAAGGCUCUGCUGGAUUCGCGCAUCAUCGACUGCAACUUCUCGCCCGUCUUCAUGCGAGCUGCACUCAACCAGCACGUGGCGCCGACGUUGGCCACACUGUCCGCCGUCGAUCCUACCCUGGCUCGAUCGCUGUCCUCGAUGCGUCAGAUGCCAGCGGAGGAGAUCGAGUCGCUCGGGCUCGACUUCACGCUGCCCGGAUACGAAUCGAUCGAGCUGCACCCUGGCGGACGAGAAGAAACGGUGACGGGCGCCAACGUGGAGCAAUACGUUUCGGAGGUGCUGGACCUGACGCUGCAGAAAGGUGUCCGCGCGGCAGUCCGGGCAUUCCGCCAAGGCUUCAGCCUGAUCUUCCCUAUCUCAGCCAUGACGAGCUUCACGGCGGAUGAGCUGGUGAUGCUGUUUGGCAAUACGGAGGAAGACUGGAGCGAGGCGACGCUUCUGGCGAGCCUCAAGCCUGAUCACGGCCUCAACUCGGACUCGCCCACGUUCCGCGACAUCAUCACCAUCAUGGCAUCGUUCGACGUGAGCCAGCGUCGCGAGUUCCUGCAAUGGCUGACUGGGUCUCCCAAGUUGCCCAUCGGUGGAUUCUCGGGACUGCACCCGCAGCUGACAAUUGUCAAGCGUCCGCACGAGGCCCCCUUGACGCCGGACGACUAUCUGCCAAGUGUGAUGACGUGCGUCAAUUACCUCAAGAUGCCCAACUACUCGUCGCGCGACAAGAUGCGCGAGCGACUCCAGACCGCCAUGAAAGAGGGCUCGACCAGCUUUCAUCUCUCCUAG